AUGCCCAAUUCGAUGCCAUCGUUCUUCGCAAACCCAUUUAUGACACCAUUCAUGCCGCAGCAGCUAGCAGCGGUGGCAGCAGCAGCAUCGACGACAGCUCCAGGAGCUUCGCCUUCGCCCGAUCAGGAUUGUGCCGAAUAUAGGAGCAAUCCGCUGCAACCGGACAGCUACCUGUUGCAGAGCUUACAGUGCCAGGAAAUUAUGCAGCAUUACAUCCAGAGCCUGAUGGCGGCCGCCUCGCGUCUUCCCAGCACCGGUAUCGAUGCAUCGCCGGCGCAGGUUAGUUCUUGCUUACCGUUUCUGUCAAAUCUGUCGAAAAGCCGGACUGGGGAGAGGCUCUGCAAGUGA